ACCUGCUAGUCCCGCCCACAGCGUGACGUAGCCUUUUCCUUCCUCGUCUCCGCUGCUAGUAAAGUUAGCAGUAGCACCUUUUAGCCUCCAGCAGCUGUCGUUGGCAGUCAGUCAGCCUGUCAGUUCGAGUGGCGGUGUGUGUUUGUGCGUGUAUAAAUUCCCCCUCUUUAUUUACCCUCCCGUAGAAAAACCGAGGGCGGCCGGGUUGUUUCUUCGGGAGCCAGCUUGCUUCACCUCUGCGGGCCAACUGCAAUAAAAAAAAAAAUAUUGUUGUCCUCGCCGUCACGACAGGAAGAAGCCCUGGGACAUGGCCAGACCAGAACAAGUCCUGUUGCUGGAGCCACAACACGAACUGAAAUUCAGAGGCCCAUUUACAGAUGUUGUCACCGCCACCCUGAAGCUGACCAACCCCACAGACAGAAAUGUGUGUUUCAAAGUCAAGACGACCGCACCUCGCAGAUACUGUGUGCGCCCAAACAGUGGCAUCAUUGACGCUGGAACCUCCAUAAAUGUUUAUGUUAUGCUACAGCCUUUUGACUAUGACCCCAAUGAAAAGAGUAAACACAAAUUCAUGGUGCAGUCCAUGCUGGCUCCAUAUGACAUGACUGACAUGGAAGGAGUUUGGAAGGAGGCAAAGCCUGAAGAGCUGAUGGAUUCAAAGUUGAGAUGUGCAUUUGAGAUGCCUCUAGAAAAUGACAAAACUCAUGAGAGUGAAAUCAUCAAAACUGUGUCUUCCUCUGCCUCUGUUAAGACUGAGCACUCUGUCCUGCCCAAGUCAGCCAGUGCUUCGCUGGAUGAUGGAGAAGUGAAGAAGAUCAUGGAGGAGUGCAAGCGACUGCAGAUGGAAGUGCAGAGGCUACGGGAAGAAAACAAACAGAUCAGGGAGGAUGAUGGUCUGCGGAAGAGAAAGGUGACAUCAUUGGCCCCCGCUCACUCCUCCUCCACCAUGGCCACCACAGCCGUGAGGGACGAAGGCCUAAGCACCCGCGUGCUGGCGUUCUGCGUGCUCUUCUUUGUGAUUGGAGUCAUCAUUGGCAAGCUGGCCCUGUAGGGACACAGACAGACAGAGCACAGUGACAGACGGACGGAUAGACCGCGUGCUUGGGAGGACGCGUGUCAGCAACGGCGACGGGGAUGUCUUCUGGGUUUAUGUUGAUCUGUUUCUUUCCUUCUUUUAAACAUUUAAGGCAAUAUCAUGAUGGUUUGGUGUAAAAAGAAAACGAAAGAAGGCUAUCCCAAGUUAAACCAUGAGUGCAAGCAUUUUUGUCACAGGUCCCUUUUUUUUUCUUUCUUUUUUUUUCUUUGAUCUGUUCUUUCCGUCCAUCUCUCUUCCUUAAAUGAUCUUCCCUAACUUGCACAGGUAACAGUUAGUCGUGUGUUUAAGUGGCUUCACGCUGGCUGAAUGUCUAAAGUCUUUCAUUGAUUGGCAAGUUUUCAUAAGUUGCUCACACACGUUGUCUGUUUAAAAAAACAAAAACAAA